AUGCUCGCGUCCUGCAGCUACGAUGGCCGUGUGAUCAUAUGGAAGGAAGGGGGCAGGCCUGACGAGUGGGUUCAGGCUCAUACAUUCACCGAGCACAAGUCCUCCGUCAACUCCAUUGCUUGGGCGCCCCAUGAGCUUGGGCUAUGCUUGGCGUGUGGUUCUUCUGAUGGGAACAUUUCGGUCUUUACUGUGCGUGCUGAUGGAGUUUGGGACACUACACGCAUUGAUCAGGCGCAUCCAGUGGGGGUGACUUCGGUGUCUUGGGCUCCAGCAAUGGCCCCUGGCGCUCUGAUCACUGCUGGACCUUCUGGUCAGUUUGAGUAUGUCCAGAAACUUGCAUCUGGUGGCUGUGACAACACUGUUAAAGUAUGGAAGCUGCAGAAUGGAAGUUGGAGGAUGGAUUGCUUCCCUGCCCUUCAGAUGCACAAGGACUGGGUGAGGGAUGUGGCCUGGGCUCCAAACCUUGGCCUCCCAAAGUCUACCAUUGCCAGUGCAUCUCAGGAUGGAACUGUUGUGAUCUGGACUGAGGCGAAGGAGGGUGAGCAGUGGGUAGGCAGGAUUUUGCAUGACUUCAAAACCCCUGUGUGGAGGCUGUCGUGGUCGCUUACUGGGAAUAUUCUGGCUGCUUCUGAUGGUAAUAACAAUGUGACCUUGUGGAAGGAAGCUGUUGAUGGUGAGUGGCAGCAAGUGACGACUGUUGAACCAUAA